AUGGCUAGAGGGGGUGAGAUCCAGCUUGUACCCCAGGUUUUUCUUCCAGCAGCUCAGCUGCAAGGCCUCAAUGACCCUCAGGACCUCCAACACUUGCAGGACCGCCAGCAUUUCCAGGAGCCCCAGGACCCCCAUGAACCCCAGGACCAGUGUCGUAGUGGCUCCUGUAACCCCCAGCUUGGUGACCUGAUGGUGGGUCGAGCGGCUCAGCUGUCAGCCUCAUCCACCUGCGGUUUGGAUGGACCACAGAACUACUGCAUCAUCGGAUACCUGGAGGAGGAGCAGAAAUGUUUUGCAUGCGACUCUCGGCUGUCGUAUGAUCGCUAUAGCAACCCCAACAGCCACCGCAUGGAGAACGUGAUCACAACCUUCGACGCCGACUGGAAACUGAAGUGGUGGCAGUCUGAGAACGGAGUUCAUCAGGUCAGCGUUCAGCUGAAUCUGGAGACCGUCUUCCAGUUCAGUCACCUGGUCCUCACCUUCAAGAGUUUCCGUCCGGCGGCCAUGGUGGUGGAACGAUCGAAGGACUUCGGACAAAACUGGAAAGUUUUUCGUUACUUUGCAGAAGAUUGUUCCCUUCAUUUCCCUUCAGUGUCCGACCAGCCGGCUGACAGCAUCGAUGACGUUGUCUGUGACGGAAGAUACUCGGGAUCAGACCCGUCUACUGACGGAGAGGUGGUGCUGAAAGCUCUGGAUCCUAUCUUUGAAAUAGAAAACCCGUACGCAGCGAACGUCCAAGAUCUAAUCACUUUGACAAAUAUCCGUGUUAACUUCACUCGUCUCUUCACGUUGGGCGACACUCUGGGUCGCAGACGCAGGAACCCGCAGGACAAAUAUUACUACGCUCUUUACAACAUGGUGGUUCGAGGAAGCUGCUUCUGCCACGGCCACGCCAGCCAGUGUAUGCCUGUGGACGGGGGACGAGGGGACGUCUUCACCCAGACGGGCAUGGUUCACGGUCGAUGUGUUUGUCGGCACAAUACUGCAGGAGAGAACUGUGAGCGAUGUGAGGACUUUCACCACGACUCCCCCUGGAGGCCCGGAGGAGAAAACACUGCCAACAUCUGCAGGAGAUGUAACUGUCACGGUCACUCGGACUCGUGUCACUUCGACGCUGCCCAUUUCAAAGCGACGGGCGGCGUGAGCGGUGGAGUGUGUGACAACUGCCGCCAUGACAGGGUGGGGCCUCAGUGUGAGCGCUGUCAACCUUUUUUGUAUCGAGAUCCACAGAGAGCGCCAGAGAACCUGCACGCCUGCAUACCAUGUGACUGCGACCCGGCCGGCUCUCAGGGCGGCGGUCUGUGCGACACUCUGAGCGGUCGAUGUGUCUGUAAAGAAAACGCUGAGGGUCGCCGCUGCGACCGCUGCAAACAUGGCUUCUUCAACCUGAGACAGGACGACCCCGCCGGCUGUCAGGUGUGCAGGUGUGAUGUUUUAGGAAGUGUUGGCUCAUGUAAUCAGCUGACAGGAAGUUGUGAGUGUGAACAUUUGGCAAUCGGACCGUUGUGUGAUCGAUGUCUGGCAGGUUUCUGGGGUUUGGGAAACUCUGGGUUCAGAUGUUCACCCUGUGACUGUGAUAUUGGAGGAGCUCACAGCACCACAUGUUCUCCGGAGGGGCAGUGUCACUGUUUACCCAACAUGGCAGGUCGCCGCUGCUCUGAUCCCUCCCCAGGGUACUUCCUGCCUCCACUGGACUACUUCCUGUAUGAAGCGGAGCUCGCUGCUCCGCUGCACGGAGGAAGUCCUCCUCCUCCUCCUCCUUCUUCUUCUUCUCUGUUGAACCCCGUAGUUUUACCGCGCUGUGAGAAGUAUUUCAGAGAGCAGGGGUACAACCUAAAGUUCACUAAUGGACGGGUGGUUCUGGUUCGGAGGACUCGACACCUCGCUCGCCAGAAGAGACAGCAGAACCUUCCUCUGGAGACGGGUUAUGCCCUGCAGAUCAUCCCUCGUCAAAGGACGGUGGGUCAGCUGAUCACCUGGACUGGCCUGGGAUUGGUCAGAGUGCUGGAGGGGGCAGGGCUUAGGUUCACUGUGGACAACCUCCCGUCAUCCAUGGAUUACCAGCUAGUGAUUCGUUACGAGCCGGAGUUUCCGUCUGAUUGGCUGGCUUCAGUCAGUAUCAUCGCAGCGUCACUGGGCGACGGCGGCUGCAGCAGCGACCCGACAGGAAGUAAAACUUUGAUUCUACCUGGAAACUCCAGAGGGGGUAUUCUGGACUCUCCGGUGUGUCUGAACGCAGGCGGUCGGUACUUUGUGGACGUCGUCUUUAACCAACAGCCCGGAUCUGACGGCUCCUCCAACUCACACGUCCUCAUCGACUCGAUGGGUUUGAUUCCCAGCAUCGAGUCUGUCCAAGAUUUCUGCUCCCAGACGGACCUCGACUCUUUCCGUCGCUUUCGCUGCAUUGGGUUGGCUGCAGAGCUGCAACCACAAGAGCCGCUACCCAAAGUCUGUGAGGGACUCGCCAAGAGCAUGUCGGCACGAAUCCACCGCGGAGCAGUUAUUUGCAGGUGUAACGUUGUCGGCUCUCUCGGACCAUCCUGCAGUAAACUGGGCGGGCUCUGUGAAUGUAAAUCCAAUGUGAUUGGCCGUUGCUGUGAUACCUGUGCACCACUGACCUUUGGCUUCGGACCCGACGGCUGCCAACGCUGUGAGUGUGACCCUCGUGGUUCGGUGUCGGAGCUUUGUGAUCAGGUCAGAGGUCAGUGCUCAUGUCAUGCAGAGGUCACAGGCCAGCGCUGUGAUCGCUGUCACGCUGGAUUCUGGGGUUUUCCCUUCUGUCGACCCUGUGAGUGUAAUGGACUGUCGGAGGCGUGUGAUGAGGAAACUGGAGAGUGUCUGAACUGCAGGGACCACACCAUCGGACCAAACUGUGACAGGUGUGUUGGGGGGUACUAUGGUGACCGUGUCUCCAGACGGCCCUGUGAGCCCUGCCAGUGUCCGGACGUUCAGGGCAGCGGACGAUUCUUUGCCACUUCCUGUCAACACGACCCACAAUCCCUCAGUCUGACCUGUAACUGCAGGCCGGGGCACACAGGCCCGCACUGCGACAGGUGCAGCCCUGGUUUCUAUGGUGACCUGGCGUCUCCAGGCGUCGGCUGUGAUCGUUGUCCCUGCAACAACAAUAUCGACCCUGACGACCGUGACGCCUGCGACAGCGUGACGGGGGGGUGUCAGCACUGCCUGCACAACACGACGGGGCUGGGCUGCCAGGACUGCAAACCUGGUCACUACGGCAACGCCCUGGAGCAGGACUGCAAAGAGUGCUCUUGUGACCGGCGAGGAACGGAGGUGACCCAGUGUCCUCUGGGGAGUCCCUGUUUCUGUGACUCGAGGACGGGACAGUGUCCCUGCAGGGCGGGGGUGCAGGGCGUCCUCUGUGACGAGUGUGAGGACGGAUACUGGAACCUGGACGGAGCCUCGGGGUGUCAGCCCUGCAGCUGUGACACGGUCAACACCUUCAGCAACACCUGCAGAAAGGUGACGGGCCAGUGUCCGUGCCAUCCUGAGUUUGGAGGAAGACAGUGUGACGAAUGUGGAGAAAAUCAUUUUGGGAAUCCAGACCUGCAGUGUAUCUCUUGCGACUGUAACCUGGAGGGAACCGAGCGUCCCUCAUGUGACCCUGAAACCGGCGAGUGUCUGUGUCGGGUUGGGGUCACCGGGAUCUUCUGUGACGAGUGCUCCCCGGGCUACGACUCGGCAUUCCCGGCCUGCGCGGAGUGCCACCCCUGCACCGGCCUGUGGGCCGGAGACGUGAUGGACGUGCAGCGCGCCGCCCAGAGGAUGAGAACAUUCAUCCCUCGCCAUGGCGACGACCUGCGGCCCAGAGAUAGUCGCCCCCGGCAAUGGAUGCUGCAGAUGCACACGGAGCUGGACGGCCUCGCCGACCUGACGGGACUCUCCGCGCUGGAGGUGGAGAGGGCGGAGAAACUGCGCGCGAUGGUCGGGAAGCUGAAAGACAGCAUUGACCCAAAUGUGAUCCUGAUCGACGCGUCGCCUCUCCUCAACACAGAAAUUGACAACAUUCGUCUGGAGUUCGAGAAGCUGCUGAACAAGCUGAAGGAGAAGCUUUCAGAGGAUCCGGACAGUGAAGAUCUGGAAGACCUGGACGAGCUGCUGGAUGAGAUCCAGAAGCUGCAUGAAUCCUUCCUGUCGGACGAGAAGAGAGUGAGAAACGCCAACAAAGCUCUGGAGGACUCCAUGGACAGCAGACAGGAAGUCAAACACAAACUGAGCAAGUGCAGCAGCAGAGGAGACCUGGCACCGCUGGAGAAGAAGGUCAGAGAGCUCAGCGAGGUCAACUUCAACAACAAGAUCUGUGGAGCAGCCGGUCUGGAGGAUUGUUCAGGAUGUGGUGGAGCUCUGUGUACUCUGGAUCUGGGAAAAAGGAAAUGUGGUGGACCAAACUGUGACGGAGUCGUUCCUGUCAGUCAGAAAGCUUCAGAGAUGGCAGAGAGAGUGAAAGACAAACUCAUCACACUCCCAUCAAGCCUGGAGGACGCCAACAACAAGAUCAAUGAUGCCAAAAGGGCAGCUCAGGACACUAAAGGCCAGGCCAAAGACCUCCAUGACCGGAUUAACGACAACAUCGACUCCCUCCAGAGAGAGAAAAAUAAAACCAAGGAGCUGCUCCAGAGAGUCAAAGACUACCUGAUGGAUGAUUUGGUUCCUCCAGAGGACAUCGAGAAAAUGGCCCGAGCUGUUCUCGACAUCCAACUGCCUCGAUCACCUGAUCAGAUCCGAUCAAUGAUCAAUGACAUCAACACUCAACUGUCUAACACCACCAACUACCUGGAUGACCUGAAGAACUUGGGGCAGCCCGCCAAGACCACCGGGGACCUGCUGCAGAAAGCUGGGGAACUCAAGGAGCGGACAAAGAAUAUUGAUGUGACAGAGAUCAGCGGAGAUAUUUAUGAAGCAGAAAAAGCUCAGGACAAAGCCAACGAUGACCUGGACGCAGCCAGCCGAGAAAGAGACAUGGCCAAAGACCGGAUCCAAGACAUCAAAGACAAACUGGACAACAUCGAAACAAAGCUGAUGACCCGUCCACCUCAAGAUCUGCAGGACGAGAUUGAAGCCCUGAAGAAGAAAUCUGAACAGAACAGAGAGGCGGCGAGAGACGCCAAAGAGGCUGCUGAGUCUGCUUUAAAACAGACAACUGACACCGAACCGGCGCUGGACGAUGUGAUGAGGCUGUUAGAGCUUUUUAAGCAGAAAAACUCAAAUCAGACGGUACAGAGUGAAGCUGCAGAACGACUGAAGAACAUCAUGGAGGAGGCAGACAAGAUGAAGAGACAGCUGGAGGACAAACUCCAACAGAUACAAGAAUUUGAGGAAAAGAUCCAGCAGCUCAUCAAGAAGAAAGACGAUAAAGCAGCAGAUGUCUCCAAGUUGUUGGACACGGUGGAUAAACUUCGCAAGGAUAUCUCCCAGAGAGCCGAAGGAUACGCUAGCUGUACUUCAUAA